UGUAGAGAAUAAAACCAGUUAACACCAUGGCCAACAUAGUGCUAUCGUCUCUAGUUCUGAUAGCUUUAUUACACCUAUGUGGCGGCUACAAGAUUUUAGUAGUAUUCCCGGUAUCUAGUAAGAGUCACAAUAUACUUGGGGCUGGCUAUGUCAAACAUCUGUUGGAUGCUGGACAUGAGGUAACUUUUGCAACCCCGUUCCCGACUAACAAAACAACGGAUAAGUAUCGUGAAGUUGAUCUUAGCAAACAUAUAGAGUUCUUCGACAAAACAGUUGGCAAAACGAUAAAUUUAAAGGCUAUCUUGAACAAGGAAACAAAACCCCAAGUACUAGGCAUGUUAACCCAGUUCGUUGAUAUGAUGUGGUCCAUGUUAGAAAUUGAAAACGUCGUGAAUUUCCUCGGCGACCCUACGCAGGAGUUUGAUGCUGUUAUUGUAGAGUGGCUUGUCACCGAUGCUUUUGCCGGGAUAGCGUCCCUGUUUAACUGCCCACUGAUCUGGUCGUCGUCCGUGGAGCCGCACUGGUUAGUGCUCCAGCUGGUACACGAGCCAUCGAACCCCUCGUUUAACCCAAACGUCUUUUCUACCACCAGCAGCAAACUCCCACCGUAUACGUUCUUCGAGCGAGUUACCAACUUAUUCUCCAUGGCUGCGUUCAAGGCUGUAAUAUAUUUCUACUUACAACCGAAAGAGACCGCAAUGUACGAAAAAUUUUAUAAGCCCCUGUUCGCAAAACGGGGUAGGCAGUUGCCCCCAUACGAGGAAGUAUUGUACAACGGCACGUUCUUGCUGACAAACUCCCACACUUCGUUGAGCCAGCCCAUCAGUGUGCCUCCGAACGUUAAGGAAAUUGGAGGAUAUCAUAUCGAUCCUAACACCAAGCCUCUUCCAAAGAAUCUCCAAAAGAUUAUGGAUGAGGCAAAGCAUGGAGUCAUAUACUUCAGUAUGGGAAGUAAUGCCAAGAGCAAAGACUGGCCAGAGUCUUUAAAAAAAGAAUUCAUGGAAGUAUUUGGUGGAUUGAAGCAAACUGUGCUAUGGAAGUUUGAAGAACAAUUACCAAAUUUACCUAAAAACGUUCAUAUUUUGGAGUGGGCGCCACAACAAAGUAUUCUUGCUCAUCCCAACAUGCGUCUUUUCAUCACCCAUGGCGGUCUCCUGUCCACCACCGAGACAGUCUACUUCGGAGUCCCCACGAUCGUCAUUCCGUACGGAGCCGACCAGCACGUCAAUGCGCUGAGAGCUGUGAACAAGGGAUACGCGAAGAUGGUCGACCUGUCUUACGAAAUGGCUGGUGAAAUGAAAGCUGCUAUAGAAGAAAUGCUAACUAGUACAAAGUAUUCUGAGAAGGUCAAAGAACUUUCAAAGUUGUUCCACGACCGUCCAGUACCCCCAGGCAAAGAGCUGGUGCACUGGGUGGAGCACGUGGUACACACGCGCGGCGCGCCGCAUCUGCGCUCCCCCGCGCUGCUGCUGCCCUGGUACCAGAAGAUGUACUUCGACUUAUUAGCAUUAGUUGUAGUUGCUUUGUAUGUCAUAAAAGUAGUAUUGAAAUUGUUAUUUAGGAAGGGAAGCGCAAUAGUGUCUAUUACUAAAAAGAAAACUAAUUAAUAAAAUUAUAGUUGUAU